AUGAUCGUUUACAUACGUUCGGCAAAAAUGCAAUGGAAGUGUCUUAUUCAGGAGGGUAAAUUCCUAGUGGAAUCGCAGCAAGGUGGUCUUGAGGCCGAUGCGGUAGUCAAGACGUCUCAUCCGAUUUACGACGUCAAUGGACCGUUCUUUGACGCUAUCACCUACCUGAAAGGAUCGUCAGUGUUACGUAUGAUUCGAGCCGUAAUCGGACCAGAAAAUUUCCAGAAAGCACUUCAAGAGUACAUAAAGAUGUACAAGUUCAGUAACGCGGAUCAUCAGAUGCUCUUCGAACGUUUCACAGCUGCAAGUAAACAUAACCGCUAUGAUUGGUGUGGUCGUCAAUUGGAUGCAACACUCUUUUUGAAUCCAUGGUUCUUACAACAGGUAAUAAUCACCUCAGAUUCUUUUCGUUAUUUGUGUUGGAUUUUUUGGACACGUUUUUGGUAG